CUCUUUCCAGGUUAUGUGCUCCACUGGCAGGUGAAAGCGUCUGGAACAGGAGAAGGCUGAAGCCUCCUCUUCACAGGUGAACACCACUUCACAGGAGAUGUCUGAGUGGAGAUGAGCUGCACACAGACACACUCUGACAUAAUCCCAGCAGCUUCAGAAACGCAUCCAGAUGUGCAGCCGCUGGGCCUGCAGAUGUGAGAGGACUGCUGGGACCUCUUCUGGACGGCUGACAGACAGGAAUGAGCUGUUGGAAGCAGGCAGCAGCUGAGAUCACGUGAUGCCUCAGCUUCAUGCUUCACGUGUGGACACAGUUUGGUUCCCAUUGAACGACACGUUUGGACACCACUCAAACCAGGUGAGUGCAGUGGCAGCAGAAGUCUGGAUUCUGGUUGGGAUCAGGACUGUUUACACCAGGUGGAUUCAUCCAGAUAAACGGAGCUAGCGCGCGUCUGUCACCUGGCACGACCCCUUCGUCUGGACCGCUCUGUCCAACCACAGCACGCACGCGGUGGACCAGACAACAUGUCCCCGGCCGCUGCCUUCCACGCGCAGCUCGCCUCCAUCAUGGAGGUGCUGGCCAACACGGCGGUGGCGGAGAUCUGCGAGCUGGUGGACAGCGGAUACUCGGUGCUGCAGCUGGAGAUCUCGCGGAGCCGCAAAGAGAACGAGCUGCUGCGGAGAAAACUGCGGCUCAUGGAGCUCCGAGCCGCUCGCACGACCGCCCUGCGAGCGGCCACCGCCUGCGGCAACGCGCCGCUGCCCGCGAGUGGCCGCGCGAGAGCUCAGCCGCCCGCACAAGCUGGCCACGAGCCGGAGAGCGACGGAGCGGCGCGAGGUGAGGCGGUGCCAUCCAGGAUGUCCAACCAUGAGACUCGACAUGGAGACUCAGAUUCGUCCUCACACUCUGGACAGGAUACCACCCAGCCUGCUGCAGGUGAGUCGGCCAAACUGACGACUGCUCUGAUCAAAGUGGAAGACGACGAUGAGUCCUGGUCCCAGUCUGAGCAGGACAAGUUCUGUCGAGUUGUUGACGCACAGACGAUGGAGACAGAAGCUCCGCCCUCAUUGAUCAAACAGGAAGUAGCAGACGAAGGUGGCAGUUGUACUCGGUCGUGGGUUAGCGGGGAGGUCAGCUCCACCUCCGGGUCCGUCCAAAAACCUCUGAACACCAACCAGAGAUCAGAAGACAGCAGUUAUGACCGUCUGGCGUACGAGCCGCAGCUCCAACACGGCUCCGUCACUACCCAGAAUCCUUUGAGUGAAGAUCCUGUCUGCUCGUACGCGUUGAACACCAACGUGGCUGUUUCAGCUGCGUCCGAUUCCGGCUGCUGCAGCAGUUUCCAUUUCGCCGUCGCUGAGUUGGCUCAGUCAGCAGCAGAGCAACAGCAGCCUGCAGGUUUCCAGAACAACCAACAGAGGGCGCCCUUACUGGCGGACGAGCCGCAGCUUCCUGUGAGGAAAGACGUGGCGGAAAGACAAAAUACUUUCAUCAGAAGGGACAGGUGGAGGCAUCAGGAUGGUGUCAGCAGGGUGUCCGAUCACAGCAGGGGGGACGGCGGCGGGAAGACGUUCGUCUGUAACUGCUGCGGUAAAACUCUGGCCUGCCUGAAGAACCUGAAGACCCACAUGAGGGUCCACACAGGUGAGAAGCCCUUCGUCUGCACGCUCUGCGGCAAACGCUUCUCCGACUCCAGCAACCUGAAACGCCACCAGAGCGUCCACACGGGAGAGAAACGCUACGGCUGCGUCCACUGCGGGAAACGCUUCGCCCAAUCCGGAUCCCUGAAGGUCCACAUGACCGUCCACACGGACUGCAAGCAGUUCAGGUGUUCGUACUGCGGCAAAACCUUCAUCUCCGGCAGCCACCUGCGCCGCCACGUCACCAUGCACGCCGGAGAGAAACAGUACGCUGCGACGUUUCAGUGACCACAGGUGGGAUGGUGGGACUGCGGAGCCGACGAGGACGAGGACGACCGUCCAGGAGCCACAGGAGCUUCAGCCUGGUGGAAAACAUCUGAACUUUUCAGAAAGGCUUAUUUCUCACCGCAGCGAUUUACAGGAGCAGAAACGGGUUUACCGAACGCGUCAGUCACAAGUUUGAAUUUGGUAUUUCAGAUCAAGACCCGGAUCCACUGCAGUCCGGUUUCUGGUCCCUCCUGGUGCUUUUGGACACACAGAAUUCACUGUUCUGGGAUCAGGCUGCAGAGAAGUCGUUUAUCUGACUCACCUCGUCAGGGCUGCCUGCAGGUUCUCACCUGAGCUGAUCAGCUCGGCAGGUGACUUCACUCGUCACUUCCGGGCUUCUACGUCAGUGGGCGGAGUCUGUAGUCGGGGUGAAAACCUGCAGGCUGUUUCAACAGACAGUCAAACUGUGGUGGAGAUUUGCCUUAUUCUGUCAGCAGUCCAAGAAUGAAAAAAUGUUCUCACUCAGAUUGACGGCCUGCAACACUCGGUCAUGUGGCCAGCCAGCUGAUCUUCAUCAGCUGUUUAUGUGAUGUCAUGUUUGUAUUUUGUGAUGUUUUUAUGAUUAUGGUGUCAUUUUGUAAUAAAAGUGAAGUCUGACAAGGAAAA